UCACUUCCGGGGUGCAAACAUGGCGGCUGAGAACGAGCUCUCCGCGCCGGGCCUCGGCAGUACCGGCAGUACCGGCGUCCUGGGUGAGGCGGCCCCGUCAGGACGCGCGGGUACGGACGGCUGGCUGCUCGGCUCCCAGUCGGACGCAGAGAAACAUUUUUCCCGCUGCGCCGCAAAACUCCGAGCCCUGCGCUCGGACUCGACCUGCCGACACCGAGAGGAGCUCAACCGGCUGUUUGACGAGCUGCUGUCGGAAAACUACAGCAAAAGCGUCUUCCCCAGCAUCGGCAUCCAAGCACAGGAUGUGUGUACUCUGCUGAAACAUGGCAGUAAUCUUGUGCCGCUGACUCAGGAACAUUUAGUCAUCAAACUCUGUCAGCUGAUGCAUCAUCUGCUCAAUCAGCUGAAGGUGAUCAUGGACGAGCAGACGCUGGAUCUAUUAUUGAAGUAUACCACAAGUGCGAUGAAGACGUGCAGCACAUGGACACACUCUGACGUUCUCAUCGCUCUCUCCACAGUCGUGUAUGGGAAUGGCCCUCAGUGUUACCAGCACCUUAGUGAUUUACUGGCUGAAGACGGAGUGCUGAUGUUCUAUGGUGACCCAGCUCAGCCAAGUAUGGAAUUACGCCGCGUUGCUCUCACCUGUAUGGCCAACAUCUGUCUCAGAGUUCCUGGUCAGCCUCCUCUGGAUGAUCAGUACAGAACUGUGUGUUUCAAAGUCUUCCUCAAAACACUGCAGUCGCCCAAACCUCCCAGCACCGACGAGCUCUUCUACUGCAUAGUGCUCCAGGCAGCUCUGAAAGGACUUCAGUAUUGUCUCUCAGGUGGGAAGUGGAAAUAUGGUGAAGGGGAGGAGCUUGGAUCAGUUUUGGCAACACUUAAGAGACUUAUGUUCCACGGAGCUCCAGGUGUGAAUGUGGAUUGGCCGGCUGUGCUUUACCCAACUCCUCUUCCUCAGUAUGAGGGUCUGGCUGCAUCCAAACCUGCUGAGACACCAAAACCCUCUGAACCACCGAUGGAUGCUGCUGUGCUGGGCAAAACCUCCGGGAAUAAAAAGAGGAAACCCAGAGGAAGGGGGAAGAAGAAGAGCACUGAGCUCAGCAGACGAGAUGGAGACGACAAUGACGGAGAGGCCGUGUCUGCACCUCAGAAAGGAGGCGUGGGAGAGGGCGAGUUUCUGGCUAAACCAUCUGAGCCGUCGUUUUACCCGUCCUGGAAGAGAAACAAUUCUGAUUCCGAGUUUUCUGACCCUGAGGGUAACGCACAGAGCAAAUUAAGAUUUUUUCUUGGUCGUGUGCGUGAGCGAGCUCUGCACUCGUUGCUCGGGGUGGUGAAAUGUGUGGAGAAGCGUACGCUGUACGGGUACUGGUCUUCCUUCAUCCCUGACGCUCCUGUCGGUGGACCGCCGCCUCUCACUCUGCUCACAAUUGUACUGAAGGAUUCGUCGCCAAAGGUACGUGCAUGUGCACUUCAGGUGUUGUCGGCCAUUUUGGAUGGCUCUCGUCAGUUCCUGGCUGCGGCUGAAGAUACGACGUCUCCUCGUACGUCUUACACGCCGUUCUCCCUCUUGCUGGCCACUGCCAUCAGAGAACUGCACCGUGCUCUGACCCUGGCUUUGCUGGCUGAGACUGCUCCUCAGACACUCGUUCAGGUUAUUAAGUGUCUGGCGUUUCUGGUGGCUAACGCUCCAUACCACCGCCUCAGACCCGGUCUGCUCAGCUCGCUCUGCAAACAGAUCCGUCCCUUUGUGCGCCACAGAGACGUGAACGUGCGCGUGUCGGUCCUGACACUUUACGGGUCUCUGUUGACGACUCAGGCUCCGCUCCCUGAAGUGCAGCUCAUCCUCCAGCAGCCGGACAGUGGCAGCAGCUCUGGCUCCUUCACACCGCAGGACUCCGCCCUUAGCUGGAGACAAAGGCAUGGAGAGACUUCACCCUCUCAAACACCGGUGCACUCAGAGCGCAGCUCGCACACGCCCUCCCCACGGGUUCCUCGCACGCCGGGGGAGAAGGACAAUUCAUCGCUGUGGCUGCUGCAGGUUUGUGUGUCACUGGUGACUCAGCCCAGAGAGGACCAAUCGGACAGCGAGGGGUGGGGAACAGGAGGCGGGGCUGUGUUGGAGCCUCCCCCUGUACGGCUGGAGGCACUGCAGGUCUUGUCCAGUCUUGUGCGCGGCUACUUCUCUCUAACACAAGCGUGUUUGUGUGAGAUCAAGCAGCUGAGCAUACGCUGCCUCAGAGAGCCUGACCCAGCCAUGCAGCUGCACGGAGCCAUGUUACUGGAGGUGUUUGGGACGGGAAUCAUCCAGCAGUACAAAGCAGAGAACAACGUGCCCGAGAGCUCACGGGUGCCACUGGGACAAGUGGUUCAGUUGUGGUCAGAAGUACUGAGCGGUCCACUGAACGCAGCGAUGCAGAGUGAACUACAUCCCAAACUACAGGCCAGUGUGUGUGACACGCUGUCUGCCAUCCUGCCUCAGGCCUUCACUCAGCUGCCCGAAAAGACGCAGCUGAUGUGUGUGACCGUGCUGCUGGGUCUGACCUACAGUGAAAACUAUCUGGUGAAGAUGGCAGCGGUCAGAGCUCUGGGAACCUACAUCCUGUUCCCCUGUCUCAGAGAGGAUGUGAUGUUCGUGGCAGACACCGCCAACGCCAUCCUCGCCGCCCUCAGUGAUGGAAGCACUAACGUCCGUGCCAAGGCGGCCUGGUCUUUAGGAAACCUGGCAGACGUACUUAUCAUCAAUAUGGAAACUCUCGGUGUUACUUUUCACGAGGAGUUAUCGGACAUGCUGCUGCUGAAGAUGUUACACGCAGCCACUCGAGCAGCGGGCGACAGAGACAAGGUGAAAGCGAAUGCCGUGCGAGUUCUCGGGAACCUGCUCCAUUUCCUGCGUGAGAGUCAGCUGACGCGCUCUGCUUUCCAACACCCGGUGGAAGACGCAGUCCGUGCUCUUGUAAAAACGGUCUUAUCAGAGUCCACAAUGAAGGUCCGGUGGAACGCCUGUUACGCCCUGGGAAAUGCUUUCAGAAACCCCGCCCUGCCGCUCGACUCCGCCCUGUGGUCCAGUGACGUGUUCUCUGCCCUCUGCCACGUUGUCACUUCCUGCAAAAACUUCAAGGUUCGAAUCAAAUCAGCUGCUGCCCUGGCGGUCCCCGCCCACCGGGGAUGCUACGGGGACACAAAGCGAUUCAGCUACGUGUGGCGUUCCCUCACCACGGCGCUCCAGAACAGCGAGGACACCAAUGACUUCUUAGAGUACCGCUACAGUGCCAGCCUUCGACACGCACUCUCCAACGCUCUCCUGCACCUGCUCAGCAUCAGCCAGGCUCAGGACGCCAUCGAGCUUGCGGCGUCGCUGCUCAGCGACGAGGGGACGAGCAUCAAAGUGCAUUUGAUAAAAUAUCUCAGAGAGGAGGAGGAUGAGGAGGAGGGAGGAGGAGGAGGAGGAGAGGCAGAGAGCAACACUUUAAACCCUCAGCACAGAAUCAAGCACCUGAGACUGAGUCUGAGCAGACUGAAGACAUUAGAGGCUGAGGGCGAAGAGGAGGGAGAUAAAGAGGCAGUCGUCAGUUUUAUGGAAGAUUUACUGAAGACAUGUGUAAUGUGA